AUAACAUAUCAUUGAUUGAUAAAAAACGUGACAUUUGCAAACUGAUCCUCCUCCUCCUCCUCCUCCUUCCUCCUUUUCCCAUCCAUCCAAGUCCGGGACAAAAGUUUGCAACUUUUUUCAAUAAUUUGGACACGCCACUCCAUAUCUCUAUCUCUGUGCAACGUCAGUGACAAUAACUCCUCGCGUCGCGUUCCUUUGCUCGCUUUCCGGUUGGGUACUUACCGCUCUUCUAUUUAUAGUGUACUUGAACAGAGCGUUUGGAGUUAAAAGCUCUGUCUCACCGACACACACGCAACCCCGGAGAACACAGCAGGAGUAAGAAUAACAGGAUCCGAUCAGUGGUGUACUUGAGUGGAGUGGGGUGCCGUCUGUCCAAAAUCUCUAGAUUAUUUUGAGAGUUCCAUGGCCCCAGCAACAGGAGCAUCUUCAGAUUUGAUUAAACCUCGAGAUGUUUGCAUCGUCGGUGUUGCACGGACCCCAAUGGGGGGCUUCCUUGGUUCCCUGUCAUCUUUGUCAGCUACCAAGCUUGGUUCUAUAGCUAUUGCAUGUGCUCUUAAAAGGGCAAAUGUUGCUCCAUCACUUGUGCAAGAGCUCUUCUUUGGAAAUGUUCUCAGUGCAAAUUUAGGCCAAGCUCCUGCCAGACAGGCUGCGUUAGGUGCGGGUAUACCCGAUACAGUGGUUUGCACCACCAUUAACAAAGUAUGUUCAUCAGGGAUGAAAGCAACAAUGCUUGCAGCACAAACUAUCCGAUUGGGUACUCAUGAUGUUGUUGUGGCUGGUGGAAUGGAAAGCAUGUCUAAUACUCCUAAGUAUCUUGCUGAAACAAGAAUGGGAUCUCGGUUGGGACAUGAUAAAAUUAUUGAUGGCAUGAUCAAAGAUGGCCUGUGGGAUGUUUACCAUGAUUUUGGAAUGGGAGUGUGCGCAGAGUUGUGUGCUGAACAACAUAAAAUUACAAGGGAGGAGCAGGAUGCUUAUGCUGUCCAAAGCUUUGAUCGUGGAAUUGCUGCUCAUCGCAGUGGUGCAUUUGCAUGGGAAAUAGUUCCAGUUGAAGUUUCUCGGGGGAGAGGGAAAUCAUCCACCAUGGUUGAUAAGGAUGAAGGUUUAGAAAAGUUUGAUGCUGCAAAACUAAGGAAGCUUAGACCAAGCUUCAAGGAUGGAGGUUCUGUUACUGCUGGCAAUGCUUCUAUCAUAAGUGACGGUGCUGCUGCAUUAGUGCUAGUGAGUGGAGAGAUGGCACUUAAACUUGGGCUGCAAGUUAUUGCUAAGAUCAGAGGGUAUGCUGACGCUGCUCAGGCUCCUGAGUUAUUUACAACUGCUCCAGCCCUUGCUAUACCGAGAGCUAUUUCAAAUGCUGGUUUGCAGGCUUCUCAAAUUGAUUAUUACGAAAUAAAUGAAGCCUUUUCUGUUGUUGCUCUGGCCAAUGCAAGGCUGCUCAAUCUUAGUCCUGAAAGACUGAAUGCACAUGGUGGUGCAGUGUCUCUGGGACAUCCACUAGGUUGUAGCGGAGCUCGUAUCUUGGUCACGUUGUUAGGGGUACUGAGACAUAAAAAUGGAAAGUUUGGGGUUGGUGGAAUCUGCAAUGGGGGAGGAGGAGCAUCUGCGCUUGUUAUAGAACUCAUGCCAGUUGCGAGGGUGGGACGUUCCAUGCUAUGAAACUGAAAUUGGUCUGUCGUGCGUGUUGUCUCAGCUGCUGCCUGUUGUGCAAUUAUGUGGCUGUUCAUUAUUUCUUUUUUCUCCAACAAGAAGAAUGUAUCAAAUGUUCGUCAUCAGAAAUACGUGUCUGCCCAAUGUGUUGCCUUAAUGUUUCUAUAUUUGUUCCUCCGUUGAGAAACUACUUAUGUUCUGCAAAUCACACCUUCAUGUCAACCUAACCACCUCGUAUGCACCAAGUCUGAAGUGUGCCUCCACACCCGAGCAUAUGCAGCCGGCCGCCAGAUAGAUGUGACUACUUGAUUGUGAGGCGGAUCAGCAAACUAUUUCGAUCCCUUGUAUUGUAAUGGUUUAAUGCAAAGACAAUCAUUCGAAUUAUAUCUAAUCACUGGCCUGGCCCCUGGUAUACUAUAGUAUAGCGGCAGCCCGGAGUUCAUUUAGAAGUGAUGGUGAAGAAGCCAUGCAUGAAGCGGUUAUGGUGCGCAUCCAAAUCAUCUCCCAAAAUAUAACUAGCAUAUAAAAUAGGAGACCAAAGUGUAAUUAAUGUUGUUAGCUUCAUCUUUUACAGAAUCAAACCAUGCUUAGUCUGCAUAGGCUGGAUUAGGUUUCGGACAAGACAAUGAAACUGUGAUGAAAAGAUA